AUGGAAACUUAUCACGGCUACGUGCGGACGCCAGCCGAUGCGGUCAAGCUCUUUGAGGCUUGCAGACUGGGCCUACUACCCCGAGUUCAACGGCGGUUAUCGGAGAAGGAAAGACAAUCGAUCAGAUCUGGCUCAGUCUUCGUAUGGGACGAACGGGAAGCAGGCAUGCGAAGAUGGACCGAUGGAAAGUCUUGGAGCGCAAGCAGAGUGUCGGGCAGCUUUCUGACCUACAGAGAAAUGGAAGGCAAGCGAGGGACUGGAUUUGGCAGCGCACGACGGAGCAAUGGAAGGACGCCGGAGAGCGGUCGACUCAGUGAUGAAGACCUCGACGGCGAACCCGAGGGCUAUCGAUACAAAGCGGAUGGUCUCAUGAAGCAAUCCUUCAGUAUCACGACAUCCGCGGGCCAGCACCUGCAUCUGAUCUCAUACUAUUCCAGGCCCCAUCCUGGAGCUCCUGAUAUGCCUCAGCCGAGCACUGAUCCGCAGCUACGCCACAUCAGUCCGGCCAAGGGGAUGUACCCCGAGUCUAGCAUACACGACGCGAGCCCACCUGCACUGACGAGAACUCCGAUGCACCCAUACAACAACCAACCCGCUCCUAUCCCAAACGGAAUAUCGGAGCACCAAGCCUACGGCGGAUAUCCCCCUUGGGCACAACCCGCCUGGAUGGGCCCUUGGCCGCCUUCACCAAACUGGGCUCAUGGAAGACUAACACCCGAGUUGGGGUCUCACGGACGGGCGCAGCAGCCUGUUCAAAGGCCACCUCAGCUUCCCCCACCACAACCAAUUACCUCUGCUCCUGCAUACCAGGCGCCUAUCUACGCGAAGGCGAUAGGUCCUUACGAGCACGACCGGCUGCCUCCGCCCACCAUGGCUACGGCCAGUAGAGCGUACCCCCUGAUGGCCGGACGAGCGCCGAGCUUAUCGCCGCAAUCGCAACAGCUUCAACUACAGGCUGCGCAGGCAGCUCAAGCAGCUCACGCCGCCAUGCUCGAUCCGCGUCUCGCCGUCAGUGCUCGAAACCCCCAAGGUCCUUUGCCGGCGAUGCCGUUACCGUCCAAGGGACUCACACCUCCAAGAACACACUCGGACUCCCCGCCAAGGGCUACAAGCUCCGAGGGUACUAAUGGCACCAUCAACAAGGCAAGCUUGUCAGCGCUGCUUCACCCGACACCAGCGAACUCGGAGCCGAGCAGCGCGCACACGGCUAGCAGCAACAGCGCCAACAGUUCUCCCAGGAUGAUGGCAUCGGGGCCUAACAUCCCGCCGACCGGUAAUGCCAUGUUCAGGGCGGAGGAGACACGGGCUAUCCGAUCUCUGGACCGGAAAUUCUACAUCUAG